AUGGCCCUGGCGCUGCUCGAGCCGCCGUGGCCGCCCAGCCUGGCCCCGCUGAAGGCCGUGGAUGACUUGCUGCGCUGCGGGAUCUGCUUCGACUACUUCAGCAUCGCCGUGAUCAUCCCGCAGUGCUCGCACAGCUAUUGUUCCCUUUGUAUCCGCAAGUUUUUGUCCUACAAAACGCAGUGUCCAACAUGCUGUGUGGCAGUCUCAGAAUCUGACCUGAGAAACAACCGACUUUUGGAUGAUCUAGUGAAGAGCUUUAAUUCUGCAAGGCAGCAGCUGCUGCAGUUGGUGUUGGAUGCUGCCCCAGCUCCAUCCCCGCUGGCCCCUGGCCAGUGUCUGUCUGCAGAGAGCCACAGGAGUCCUGGUGCUCAGCCAGAGCCUGGAGAGGGGCCAGGGAUUGACAGCCUUGUAAGGAAGGACAAAAUCUGCACCUCCACCAAGACAGGACUGGCAUGGACUGGUCAGAAGAAUUUCAAAACUGAGGGGCACCAUGACCUUCACAGCACUUCUGCAGAGGUUGGUGGUGAAGACAGCAGAGUGGGGUCAGAGGAGAUUGCUGGGUGCACCGAAAAUCAUGAGAAGCCUUCUACAUCUGUGGUGAAAGGAGACAGGAAAGUGGAAUGUCCUGUUUGUGAGGUUGCUGUUCUAGAGCAGUAUAUCAACAAGCAUCUGGAUAGCUGCUUGAGCAGAGAGGAGAAGAAGGACAGCCUCCGAAGUUCUGCUCACAAAAGAAAGCUGAUGUCUAAAGUUGUUUAUAACCUGCUGUCGGACCGGGACCUGAGGAAGAAGCUCAAGGAACAUGGUCUGUCCACCUCUGGGAGCCGCCAGCAGCUCAUUAAGAGACACCAGGAGUUUGUGCACAUGUACAAUGCUCAGUGUGAUUCCCUAAAUCCCAAAUCAGUUGCAGAGGUUGUUAAAGAGCUGGAAAAGAAUGAGAAGAUUCGGGUUCAGCUAGAGUGUAAUAAACCUGGUGAAAAUAGCUUGACCUUCACAAAGGACCAGACAGAGGAAGAAAUAGAUGAUAUCCACACUGAAUAUCGAAACAAGCACAGAAGUGAAUUCAAGCUCUUGGUGGAUCAGGUAAAUAAACGGUGGAAGAAGAUAGGUGAGAGGAAAGCAGGAAGUGCUCAAAACAAAGAGGAAGUUGCUGUCAAGGAGCUGCCAGCAGCCACAGAACCUGGGGAAGAGCAUCACACAUCUGUUGUCCCUGGAAAAGCCCAGACACUCCAACCAGAAAUUCUUGAUGGCCAAAGAAGUGGAUCUCAUUGCUUGAAGGAAUACCAGAGAUCAGCCUCUCCUGAAUUCUCCCUCUCAUCUGGCUCAACAAGCAGCACCAAUUCGGACAUUCUGGCAGAUGUGGAAGGGUCUGAGACGUGUUCAGCGUCCUCUGACAGCAGCAGCUCCGUGGCUCUGACAGGGAACAAGAGGAGGCUGCGUGGGUCACGAAUGGCCGGGAAGGAUGGAGUGAUGCCCCAGGGCAAGCGCAAGAGGAGCUAGUGCUGGGAGCAUCAGUGCUGGCAACCACCUCCUGGCCUCUCCCCGUUCUCCGAGUACCUGCCUACUGAGUAAAAUGCUCCCUUUUCACCUCACUGCCAUUCCAGCUGCCUUAAUGACCAGGCUGGUGCGUUUGCCCACAGCCCUGUGGGCCACUGGUGCCUGAGGCUGGGCAAGGAGUGUCAGAGCCCUGCAGGAGCCUGGCCUGGCUCCUGUGCCCCGGUUCCCUUGCUGGUGCAGCACCUGGGUCUGUGUGCUGCCACUGCUCCUGCCUGCACCCCCUGGAAGCCUCAUCUGGCCUCCUGGAAGCAGCUGAAGGACAGUUUUG